UCAAAAUGAACUUCAGUUUCACUUGAAUAACGCGUUACAAAGAAUUAGCCAGUUGGAAAGUUCAAAUAUUACUCCUAGCAGUCCGCUUGGUUCGACGAACAACUCCAGAAGAAACAGCGGCUCGACGCAAAGUCGAAGUAGAGAGGCUAGGAACUGGGUUGAGCUCAACGUUAGUAAUCUAUUCAACCGACAAAUUGACUAUUUUAUAGGGAAAAUUAAACAUUAAGUAUGCCUCUUUAUCGUAGACAAGGUGGGGGCAUCAGUUAUAACCGGUAUAAUGUCUUUUUUGACCGAUAACAUUGUCCAGGUCCCCUUAGAUAGACUAGAUAAUCUGGAAAUCUUAAAUAAUCGAAUGGAUUGUACGUGUUCUUUUUUCAUAACUCUACUAAACAACGCAAACACUGAUCAAGAAACAUUCGGUUUGCUUGCAAACGUCUUAAACAGUCUAUUGUCAAUUCAAAGAGCUCUUUGUCUUGAAAUGGAAAGGCUCCAAUCAAUCAAUGAUGAAAAUUGUUACAGGUGUCCAAUUAAUCCAACACACGGGCCAGGUCGACCAAAAUACCAUAUCACAAAAAAUCAACUGGAAUUUUUGCGAAGCAAGCACUUUUCGUGGGUUAACAUUGCCAAAUUACUUCAUGUGUCUACGCGAACAUUACGGAGGAGAAAAAACAAAUUAGACAUCAAUGACGAGUUUUCUAAUAUCUCGGAGGAUGAGCUUACCCAAGCUAUGGAAGACAUAAGGAAAGUUACCCCAAAUAUUGGUCAGAGUAGGAUGGUAGGUGCGCUAAUGGCUAGAGGGAUUCAUGUUCAGAGGCAAAGGGUGAGAGAGUGUUUAAGAAAAAUUGAUCCAGUUGGAACAGCACUUAGAUGGAACUCAGCAGUCUACCGACGUAAGUAUUAUGUUCCGCAUCCUAAUGCUCUAUGGCACAUUGAUGGCAACCACAAGCUAAUACGAUGGCGGAUAGUUAUUCACGCAUGUAUUGAUGGUUACAGCCGACUUAUUAUAUACCUGUAA